AUGACCAGUUCAGAAUCCUUGCUAUUUACAUCUUUAGGCCCCAGCCAAAGUUCUGGAGAUGGACGCUGUACCUUUAACGAGGAGUUCAAGUUCAUCCUGUUGCCUGUGAGCUAUGCAGUUGUCUUCGUGCUGGGCCUAGCCCUCAAUGCCCCAACCCUCUGGCUGUUCCUCUUCCGCCUUCGACCCUGGGAUGCAACAGCCACGUACAUGUUCCAUUUGGCAUUGUCAGACACCUUGUAUGUGCUGUCACUGCCCACCCUCGUGUACUACUAUGCUGCCCGAAACCACUGGCCCUUUGGCACUGCCUUCUGCAAGUUUGUCCGCUUUCUCUUCUAUUGGAACCUCUACUGCAGUGUCCUUUUCCUCACCUGCAUCAGCGUGCACCGCUACCUGGGCAUCUGUCACCCUCUGCGGGCGCUCCGCUGGGGCCGCCCGCGAUUUGCAAGCCUUCUCUGCCUAGCUGUGUGGCUGGUGGUAGCUGGCUGCCUCGUGCCCAACCUGUUCUUUGUGACAACCAGCCCCAGUGGGACCACCAUCCUGUGCCAUGACACCACCCGGCCUGAGGAGUUUGACCACUAUGUACACUUCAGUUCGGCAAUCAUGGUGCUGCUCUUUGGCUUGCCCUUCUUGGUCACCCUGGUCUGCUACGGACUCAUGGCCCGACGACUGUAUCGCCCUUUGCCGGGAGCCGGACAGUCAUCGUCUCGGCUCCGCACACUCCGCACCAUUGCUGUCGUGCUGACUGUCUUUGCUGUCUGCUUUGUACCGUUCCACAUCACCCGCACAGUUUACUACCUGGCAAGGCUAUUGAAAGCUGACUGCCAGGUGCUGAACACAGUCAACGUGGUCUACAAAGUGACCCGGCCCCUGGCCAGUGCUAAUAGCUGUCUGGAUCCAGUGCUCUAUCUGUUCACCGGGGACAAGUAUCGACGCCAGCUCCAGCGGCUAUGCAGAGGUACGGGGCCCCAGCCUCGGACUAUGGCCUCCUCCCUGGCAUUGGUGACCCUGCAUGAGGAAAGCAGCAGGUGGGCAGACACCCACCAGGACGUCAUCUUCCCUACCUAUGGGGGAGACAGAUUAUAA